AUGACCGAUACCCAAGGUUUCCCUGCAUGGCAGCAUCUUUUCAACCUGCGAGACCUGCAGCCAACUCAUUGCUUGGCACAAGUGCUCCCCAACAGCACCCACCUCCGAGCUCACGGCCACGCCAACGUACCUGAACCCCUCGAUGCAAUGGCAUACGGCCCCUUCGGCACGGCGCUCUCUCCCGGCGCGGUGCCUUACCUUGUUGACCCAUGGGGGACCCAUACGCAUUCUUCGCUGCACACACUCGCCAGUGGCCCCAGCGGCCAAAACAUCAACACCAUUCCGGCUGUCGUUGAAACCAGACGAAGAGUACGCGAUCAAAUCUCUUUUCCUACUCAAACCAGGGCCAGCGGCAGUGGUAGCAGCAACAUCUUCAAAGAAGCCAUGCCUGAGCCACCCACCUCUCGCAUUCUCACCAGUGGCGGUGGCUGUUCUUCUGGCACCAAGCGGCGCCGGUCCAGGCAGUUUUGCCCAUUUUCAGUCGUCUAA